AUGAACUUUGAACCUGAAAUACUGUAUGCAAGAGUAUUCACCAACCAACAUAUUGUCGAAAACAUUCUCAGUUAUCUUUCUGAUGACUUCAGGAAGAAUUUGGAUGUUAGAUUGGUGAAUAAAUCAAUAAAUAACACAUUUCUACGGCUAAUUAGGAGAAAUCAUCGACAAAUUAAGAUUGAGUAUGCUUACGACGUAGAAGAUUCAUUCACACGAUCGAAGGAUUAUAUCUAUAUCAACUAUCGGAAAAUCUAUACACACGAUGUUGUCGGAUACUUCAUUUUUCUGAAUACUGUAGUUGGUGUAAAAGUUGAGAAGAUUGCAACAAGAAGGUUAUGGAUGUUGGAAAAUAAAUUCAUGCUCAGACUUCACGACUUCAUUCAUUCUCAUCUGAUUGGAAGUAAUGGAACCCAUAUUCAAUCAUUGAUUAACUUGGAGGAAAUAUGUGAUGGAUGUGAGAAAUGUUCAAAUAUUGCUCAGAAGUGUCUAGAAUAUGGUCCAUUGAGAUUCAGUACACUACAAACUAUGAUUUAUUCAAAGAACUACAAGAAACUGCAUGUGACUGAUAAACUAUUCGAAGACAUUGCAGAGUACUGUAUCUCUAAGUCAAAAAACAAGGAAGAAUGUUUCAAAGAGCUGGAUAAAACUAUUCUCUCCACCAUAUCUUGUGACAAACUUGCUAUUUGGAUCAGUGAGUCCAGAGUACUCCCGGAUGAAGAGACAGAUCCAAAGUAUGAUCACCGGCACAUGCCACGAGAAGUUAUAGAUAUCAUUCUGAGAAAAUGGAAUGUAAAAUCGAUAAAGCUCAAUAUAUUGCAUCACACGAACGAACCAGAGUGCAGAAUCGAAUGGCUACAGUAUGACUAUUUCACUCGAGUCAGAUUGAAUGAUUCAUAUUGGGAAACUAAGCAAUCAGAUUUGAAAUUCAACCAUGUCGAAGUGAGUUUAUCCUAUUCACUAGACUGUGUAAGAGGGUUGGGAAACCUCCCUCCAGAAGCGGAUCCUCCUGCAGGAUACGAAAAUUUUAUUCCGAAUAUCAGAAGACUGUUCCCGACAGAUCAAAUAUCGAUGGAACUGCCUCAUUGGUAUUUUAUUGCAUGUAAUAAUAUCAAGAAGAAAAUGUCAACAAUAUUGCAAGUGGUCUCCAUGAAAAAGCCACAGAAAUUGAGUUUAGACAUCAAGUUUUUCGUGAAAUCAGGAAUCGUCAAAAAGCUCAAUGAGGAGACGAAUAGGGAAGAAUUGUUGGGAAUCGCUUCGGGAUAUGUUCUACAAGAGAACAGAUUACAUUGUUUCAAGAAGUCUUCCCCGUUCAAUAGAGGCCAUGGUCCGGAAGUAUUUCUUGACAAUAAAUGGGUUGGAAGAAGGUUUCAAGUAGAGGAUACUGUCAAUCAAUUCAAUUUCAAUUUGGAUGUGUAUAUCAAGAAGAAGGAGCUGGAAGAAGGAUUCGAUGAAGAACUGUUACAGGAAUAUCCGUAUUCUUUUGUUGGACACUUUUUCGCAUGA